UGAGAUGUUUUGAUUUGGGGUAUUUUUGGAAUGAUGCUGUUCGGCUGCAACUCCAGGUUUAGGGUUCUUUAACUUUCUUGUUCAAGCUACCUUUUGUUUGCUCCUGCAUGUAAACUGAAGUCAAUAAUUCAUAUCUACUAUGUGAAUUGACAAUUAGAUGGUAAUGGUAAUAAAAAUUAGUACUUUUUUUUUUUUUUGGUUCUACGCUUUGUUUUCUCUGGGAGAUGGUAAAUUGAAGGAUUGAAUAUAUAUAUAUAAAAAGAUGGAAAGGUGAUGAGGGAGGGAUGAUGAGAAAGCUAUCUUCUAGUCUAGAUGAGGAGAAGGGACCAUUUUUUUUAACUAACAAUUGUUAAUUUAUGUUUCGUUUAAUUUUGGAUUAAUUCAUCCUUAAGAAUUAUCUUUUGCUUCGAAUUUUUCCUGGACUUAUCUCUUCAAGGAGUCAAAGAAGACAGUAACUGACGAUAUCAUAUCAAGCUACUUGCGCGACCAUGAUUUGGACAGGCCACCAAACUUUCUGAAUUUAGGAGUGCUGCCUGCUGACGAGCAACUCAAAUUCCCAACAUGAAAUUAACCAGGUCUCAAUUGAUCCAGUUGAACCGGCCUAUUCAAUCUAGUUUUAAAAAACUGAUCCCCAGAAAUCCCUUCAACUAAUUGAUUAAGGAGUUGACCCGUCAAUAGGAAUCAACAGAGGCCAAAAAAGGUAAGAGAUUACUCUCAUGCUCGCUCAAUAUAAAGGAAGGAGGAGUUCCUCUAUGUGCCCAUCAACCAUGGGUAGGUCACCUUGCUGCGAGAAGGCACACACCAACAGAGGAGCAUGGACUAAGGAGGAGGACCAAUUGCUGAUUGCCUACAUCAAAGCUCAUGGUGAAGGCUGCUGGAGGUCUCUUCCUAAAGCAGCAGGCCUUCAAAGGUGUGGCAAGAGUUGCCGGCUACGAUGGAUCAACUACCUCCGACCCGACCUCAAGCGCGGCAACUUCACUGGGGAAGAAGACGAGCUCAUCAUCAAGCUCCACCGCAUGAUUGGCAACAAAUGGUCGGUCAUCGCCGGGCGAUUACCUGGGAGAACCGACAAUGAGAUCAAGAACUAUUGGAACACACACAUCAAGCGCAAGCUCAUCGCCCGAGGGAUCGAUCCCAAGACUCACCUACCGAUUGAUGGCUGUUCAGAUCACUCUGCCCUUUCUUCUGACCGGCAAACUGUGUCAGUGGCUGCAGCACCACAAUCAGAGGAGACCUUGCAGCCCUCAGUGGAGAACAGACUACAGACGAUUUGCUUCUGUUACCGCCUUGGUUUCCAAGGGAGCGAGGCAUGCAGCUGCCAUAAAAGUUAUACCAAAAGCUUUGUUAGCUUCCAGUAUCCGCCAUUAGAAGAAGGGCAGCAAGCUUAGCCACAUGAUCAGUUAACUCUGUAGAUGGAAUAGUGCAUAAUUGGCUACAAGGCGAUAAGGAUCGGUUGGCAAGCAAGAAAAUAUGAUUCUUUAAUUAAAUCAAUGAUAAUUUGUAAUUGUACCGAUCCAGUUGCAUGGAGAUGUUCUCGGAAGUUUAGUAGCUGUUGGUGUUUAAAACAGUAUUUCGUACCAAUCAGAAACCCAUUGGCCGCAUUAUCACA